GAAAUAAAAUAUCUCAUCUUAAAGGAUCAAGUCGAAAAGCACUAGAAACACCAGCUCCCUCAACAGUAUUAGAACCAAGAGCCCUCUCCACGGCACUAAAGCUGUCAGCACCUUCAACACUCAAAGUAAUUCAACCCAGAAAAACAAAAGAAUGA